CGGGCUCUCCUGCUCGGGCACUGCUCCCGGGGGCGCUGCUGGCUCUCGGGCUGCCCGGGGAGAACAGCCGCUCGGGGGCACCAUGCCUGGAAGCGACACCAGCCUGGCUGUGGACAGGACUUACUCGGACCCGGAGAGGCACCAGCGCUCCAAGACCCGGGUGGAAAGACAUGACAUGAAUACUCUGAGUUUGCCACUUAACAUUCGCCGUGGGGGUUCAGACACCAACCUCAACUUUGAUGUACCUGAUGGGAUCUUAGAAUUUCACAAAGUCAAACUUAAUGCAGAUAGCCUGAAACAAAAAAUUUUGAAAGUUACAGAACAGAUCAAAAUUGAACAAACAGCCCGUGAUGGAAAUGUGGCUGAAUAUUUAAAACUGGUGAACAGUGCGGACAAGCAGCAGGCUGGACGAAUUAAACAAGUCUUUGAGAAGAAGAACCAGAAAUCUGCCCACUCCAUUGCCCAGCUACAGAAGAAAUUGGAACAGUAUCACCGAAAGCUCAAAGACAUUGAACAAAAUGGAUCUUCCAAAAGUUCCAAAGAUAUUUCGAAAGAUAACUUGAAGGAUAUCCAUCCCCCUUUAAAAGAUGUCCAUGGCAAAUCUCGUACCAGUGGCCAAGGUGCUGAGAGCAGCAAAUCGGGUGUGCCAGGUGUCUCCUUGACACCACCAGUGUUUGUUUUCAGCAAGUCGAGAGAGUUUGCAAACUUGAUCCGAAAUAAAUUUGGUAGUGCUGACAACAUUUCUCACCUGAAAAAUACCCUGGAUGAAUUUCGGCCAGAAACUAGUUCCAGGGCCUAUGGUGGCAGUGCUACUAUUGUGGCUAAACCAAAAUAUGUUAGUGAUGAUGAGUGCUCAAGUGGGACAUCUGGCUCUGCAGAUAGUAAUGGGAACCAUUCCUUUGGGCCCGGUGGGACAAACGCUCUGGACAGCCAAGCAAAGCUUUCCAUGAUCUUGGAGGAACUGAGAGAAAUAAAGGAGACACAGUCCCAAUUAGCUGAUGACAUAGAGAAUUUAAAAGCACAGUUUCAAAGAGACUAUGGUUUUAUUUCUCAGACAUUGCAGGAGGAAAGAUACAGGUAUGAACGAUUGGAAGACCAGCUAAACGAUCUGACAGAUCUUCAUCAGCAUGAGACUGCAAACCUGAAACAAGAGCUAGCCAGCAUAGAAGAAAGAGUGGCAUAUCAGGCCUGUGAACGGUCACGAGAUGUUCAGGAAGCCUUGGAAUCUUGCCAGACUCGGGUUUUUAAGCUGGAGUUCCAUCAGCAAGAACAGCAAGCGCUGCAGUCAGAAACUGUGAAUGCCAAAGUACUCCUAGGGAAAUGUAUAAAUGUAAUCUUGGCCUUCAUGACCGUCAUCUUAGUGUGCGUUUCUACCAUUGCAAAGUUUAUAGCUCCUAUGAUGAAGAGCCGUUUCCAUAUCAUCUGCACUUUUUUUGCAGUGACUCUACUUGCAAUAUUUUGUAAAAAUUGGGAUCACAUUAUCUGUGCCAUAGAAAGGAUGAUCAUACCAAGAUGAAUCCACUAGUCCGGAUCUUUUAUUUUUUUAAAGAAAUGUGUGUGUACAAACUACCAAAAUUUUUAAUUUUGCAAUUUAAACAUGCAGACUGGAUGAAGGCUAUAAAAACACUUGAAUGCUAAGGUGUAAAUACUUAAAUUUAUACUCCGUGGCAGUUAUUUGCCUAUUCAAUUAUACUGUAUGUAAUUGGCUAAAUCUAUUAUAAACUGCUCACUCGUGUAAAUCUUUUGCCUUAAUCUUACCAGCUUUCCACUUUACAAACCAGCACAUCUACAAGAGGUCAUGCUUCUGGUGGUGUAAGAAACCUGAAGUGUAUUGUGUCAUUAACUAGAGUGAGGAGGAGUGAUGAUGGGAGUGCAUUAUAAUAAGCAUGUACUUGCCCCAUUCCUAUUGGAUUAAUUCAGUUGUCUAGCUUCCCAUAUGAACCAGGAUAGAAUGGCUAGCUAUAUUUUACACUAUUAGGAAAUACCAGCCAUACUUAUAGUAUUUCCUAAUGCUAGAUGAUUUAACAUCUGUGAAUUAGAAACUGGGAAGGUGCUUAAUCACAAUCCAGCACCAUUUUCUGAUGCUUCUGCCAGUAGGCCCAUACUCAGACAGAUUCUGUAAAUGUUAUACUUUCCCAACAAUUUGAUAUGACUAGAGUCUCUUGUGAUACAGAUUAGUAAAUAUUGUAUCCUAGAGCUAUUCUUUAUCAUGUUUAGGAAAUAUAUAAAUGUAAUAACAUGCCUCCAAAUAUGAUGCAGUGAAUGAAUUAUAAGAUCACAAGGACAUCUUAGAAGAAUAAAGAAACUAGUAACCAGUGCAGAUGCCACUAUGUUGACUUCAGUACCUCUUCUUGUCAUAUUUCAAGCUUUGCAGAUUGCAAAGGGAGAGCACAUAAACAAUUGUUUAAAUUUUUAACAGUCAGUUGAUAAGCUUUCCAAUUAACAUGAAAUGGAUAACACUAGGCCCCAAGUUGGAGUCGGAGUUAGUAAUUCUGAAGGAAGUUGGAUGCUGUAAGGUUUUUUUGCUUCAGGUUUCCACAGGGGAUGUGCAGGAACCACCAGGUCAGGAGGAUUGGGAAAGAAUGAAAGUUUAUAUAUUAGAACUAACGUGCAAUGUCUUUUGUGAGAAAUUCCUGAGAACAGUGUUUUAGACAUCAGACAAUAACACCACUAUGAAACAGGUAGGUUUUUUUAAAUAUAAUUUAUUUUGCCUGAUCUAGAAACUACAAAAUGUUUUUCUUGAAAUCCUUUGUUGCCUGGGUAACCAGAUAUGAUGUAAAAUAAUAUAUGAAAUAAAAUAUCAGGAUUCUUCUCCAGUUGUAUGUAUCCAGAAAAAUGACAAAUGUCUUGUUAUUUAAUUUAAUAUUUAGUGCUGUUUUCUUUUAAGAUAUGUUAUCAUGACAGCAUUAUUGUUACUUUGGUCGCAGGGGUAAUUAUGCCUGAAUUUUAAUUAAGUGCAAUAAUUUGUAUGGAAGUCUUUAGAAAUUCUUAUAUGGAAAAAAGGAAAAAGCACUUUGUCCUUUCUUCACCAUAACACGAUUUGUAAUUAAUCUAAUAGCUUGCUGUGGCUUCAGGGGCUGAACAAAGAGCAUGGCUAAUGAUGUAAAUAAUGAUAUAACAGAGACUUUAGAAAACUAAAUUUAAAAAAAAGUCAUUAAAGAAAUUCUGAUAUGUGCAAUGUUUUUGAAUAUAGAAAGGAAUUGAAUCCGGAAGGAUUGUGAUACUUGACUUGCUGCAGGCACAGGAAAUUAAUCAAUAGAAUACACCCACUUUAUCCUAUCUGGACCCUGUUCAAUCUUCCAGAGGAAGGUGGAGGAAAUUAAAACAAAAACUUGCUAAUAGUGGCAUGACCUUCCAUACCUCAAACUUAACAGUCAGUUUAACACUGUAUAUGUGAGCAAGAAUUGCCAUAUAUUCAUCCAAAUCCAUUUAUUCUCAAAGUCACUAUUGGUAUCCAAGUAAUUAGUCCUCUUUUCCUUGAUUUCUGAAAGCAAAGAAUUCCAAACACUGAUGACCCUUCUGGGGGGGGGAACAGUCAGUGUUAUACCUAAACUUUACCUUUUGCAAUUUGCAGGCAGGUCUUUGUGCGUUCCUAUUGCUGUUUAGCUCAAUGAGAUCCUUAUUCCCAAUUCUUUUAUCAUCCCCAUUUAGGUAUUGUAUGGAUACAUUGCAUUAAAAUUUCAUCCCCUAACCAGUCCACCCACUCAUAGCUACCUCAUCUAUCCAGUUGAUAGGCUGAGGAGAUUACAAACUGUAUCAGUUGAAGAGAUUAAACAGAUCUUCAUAGUGAAGUCCCCUCCAUAACUUUGAAAAAACGUAGCUGCUCCUUUCUGGAUUUACUCCAGAAUUUGUACAUCCUAACAGAGGAUUUCCCUUGUUUUGUUUAUAUACCCUUUUGAUGCAGCUUGGGAACCUUUUGGCCUUUACUGCGUUAAACAGUAAAUUCCCAUCUUCAUUGCAGCUAACAUGAAUAUUAAGUUCUUUUGUUGUCGGUACUUCCCAGUUCUUUAGCCAGCAAUUAUAUUUUAGAUUCAAAAUCCUUUAUGACUUGCAUUAAAAUCCAUCAGCCAUUUUAUAAACCAUUCCCCUAAUGUAUUUACAUUUUUCUUACCAAUUUAUAACUUUGCGUCUAAAGGUGAGUUUGGAGGGGACGGACCUAAAAGGAAGAGCCCCAGUACUGACUCUUGACAUAAUAUGCUAGUGACUUCUCUUCAUUGUAAUCCAUUGCCAUCCUUUUUGUAUCCUCCAUUUAAUCAUUUUGAUAUUCAAUUUAUAUACCUGCAUUCCAGGCUGGACAAUAGAAAAAUCAAGCAUUGAUAUAGUACUUCUGUUAAAUGGCUUACAAAUGUCUACAUAUAUGUAAUAUGGAUGCUACUUGUCAGUAGCUUUUCUGAACUCAGGAAAACCAUUGUUUAGUUUAGCAUAAUUUAGAUACCUUUAUUAAUUUAACCUUGCUGAUUCCAAUGUAGAGACCUUGAAUUUGUGACCCAUUCUGUCUGAUCUGUCUCUGACAAUUUCCAGGAUCAGGACAUAACAAAUUAAGCUUCUUUAACUAUGUAAGAUCAGCCAGUCUCUCUCAUAAGCAGAAAAAUCUGUUACAGCCAUGCUUUGGGAAUACAAAGACAUCUGUACUUGGGUAGAAUAUGGUAACUACCAACAAGUGAUCUCCAUGUAAAAUGAGAAUGUAAUGCUCAAAGGAACUGUUUUACACUUGGCUGAUAAAUCUGACUGACUCCAAAUCAGAAAUAGUGAGGUCUUACGUAACAGAUGCAGUACAUUUCCAUAUUGGCUUUGUAUUGGAAAUAAAACACAUUUAAAAAUCACAAGACAUCUCUAAAGUAAGAAAAAAGAAAAUGCUUCUCAGUGCAAGUUAAUACAGCCCUAACCGUUCUGUCAAUCAGGCACUUUCAUCUUUUUAGGUUCCCUUCUGAGCUCUAUCUAAAACCAUACCAAUGUUCCAUAGGCUGUCCCAACCAAUAGCAAUUUCAAGAUCUUUCUCCAUGAGAAAUGCUCAGAUUCUUUAUGGAUCGCAUGUCUUCUGUCAAGUCUCCCCAUCUUCUUCCCUUCUUUUUCCCUGCGGCUGUCCUGGUCUUUUGGUAAUCUUUCCCUUGUGUUCUAUUUUAAUAUAAAUUUCAAAAACUAAUUAAAAAUGCUUCAACAUACCAUAUUUUCCCUCAUUUUUGCUUCAGUAAUUUGCAUAUGUCCUGUACUACUUGCUGACCCCAAUCUUCACUUUCCCAACUCUUCCAACAUUUUGUAUUUUUUUUUCUCCUUAUGUACCCUUAUCUGUGGUAAGCCAGGGUGUCUAACUUGUGUUAAGGAAGUGGAAGGUAGCCUUUAAUAUGCUCAUGGCACUCAAUCCCUUUAAGUGUAUGCCAAACUCUUUGAAACUCCCUCUCCCAAAAUAUGUUGAAUUCUUUUCUCUGGCUGAUUCUGGCUGGCAAUCAAAGAACCACUUAAUUUCAUUG